AUGCCGGGAUCGCCGGUAGCCUCAAAGUCGCUCUCUCCCUCAGCAAUCUCCACUCCUGUUUCGAGAUUCGUCAAAGAAAGUUCUUUCAGGAUAGAAGAUGAUGACGAAAGCGAAAGAAAAGAUGGCAGAAAGUCAGGCUCAUUGGAUGUAUCUUUCGGAAUCGUCCAUUUAUUCAGAGAUGACGACUCUCUAAAGGCAACAAACGCAAAGACAUCCACAACACUCGAAGACGAUACAGGCAGCAUAUUGGCCGUUUUGGGAGUACCAUCGUACAUUGGACCUGCAGAUUUUCUGCAGCUGAUCGAGCCAGCAGCGAAUGCGAUCAGUCAAGUACGAAUGAUCAGGGAAGAAACAGCAGGAAGAUGUAUGGUUUUACUCAAGUUCAGAGAUGCUGCCAAUGCGGAGGAGUUUCAUAAGAUGUAUGCUGAUCAGCCUUUUGAUCCUACAGAAGAUCCAGAUGAGCUGUGUCGAGUGGUCUACGUAACAAAAGUCACUGUUUCCACCACAUCCACAUUACCCUAUGCAUACCCCUUGCUGGCAAAUAGCGAUCCUUGGCCGAUCAUUGCACCUGAACGGGGCAAUACGUCAACAUCAGCCGCCAAUUCAAUCCAACGGAUUCCGUCACUUUCAGAAUUACCAACGUGUCCGGUUUGCUUGGAGCGUAUGGAUUCAAGUGUGACUGGAUUGAUGACAGUCACAUGUCAACAUACCUUCCAUUGUUCUUGUUUGAGCAGAUGGUCCGAUUCACGUUGUCCGGUCUGUCGUUAUACACAAUCAAGAUUGACAAAGAAAGGUCACAUCUUACCUUUUUUCGUGCCAGAACAUGGUUGUUGUGCAGUAUGCGGGACGGGGAGUGAUUUAUGGGUUUGCUUGAUUUGUGCUACUGUGGGAUGUGGAAGAUAUAAAGCGGGUCAUGCCCAUCGACAUUUCAAAGAGACUGGGCAUCUGUACAGCCUGGAACUUGAAUCACAACGUGUUUGGGAUUAUGCCGGUGAUGGAUACGUACAUAGACUCAUCCAAAGCAAAGCAGAAUUUGGUGUGCUGGAUGAAGCCAGUGGUAGUAUGGAUCGUGCCGGAGAAUCAGGUUCAACUGCGCCCGGAGGACAAAGUAUGGCUGAUGUAGAAGACAAGAUGGAAGCUUUGGGGCUGGAAUAUUCGCAUCUUCUCAGUACGCAGCUGGAAAGUCAACGUGCCUUCUAUGAAGAUCAAGUACGAGCGCAUCAACAAAAAGUUGAAAGUUCUGAGGAGAUAAAUACAAGAACAGCGUUGGCUUUGGACCAAUCUCAGAAAGAGAGGGAGGAACUACGAAAUCGUUUGGAGGCAGUAACAAGCCGGCAUGAUCAUCUUCAAACCAAUCUUGAAGUUAGCUUGAAACGGAUCAAGAAACUCGAUGAAGAUCUUCGUGGUGAACGUUUGAUGGCACAGGGUCUGGUCUCACGCAUCGAAAAGAUGACAAGUGAGGAUAAAGGAUGGCAAAAAGAAAUCGAAAGCUUACGAUCCGAGAAUGCAGAACUUAAGGAACAAGUACGGGAUUUGAUGUUCUUUGUUGAAGCAAGAGCAAAGGUAGAACACGAAGGAGGGGAAGAACUAAGGGAGGGAGACGUACAGAUGGGUGGAAGACAAAAUGCUUCGGCAGGCUCUGCCAAUGCAAAAAAGAAAAAGAAGAAAGUUGCCAAGAAGCCGCCAAUGCAGAACAGGGAAGGACAGCCGUCAAGUGCUCCUACAACCGAACAAGCAGAAGAGAUUGCCGAGGUAAACGAGGAGAACAGCCCUCAAGAGAAUGAGGAGGCAGAUGGAAACGAAGCCUAAUUUUUGUAUAUUUUGCGAUUCCCGGGUAAAGAUAUAUAUUGUACAAUGCGGGCGACUCUAUUGGAUGUAUAUUAUACAAUGACUGUUAUGAAUCAAUGGGAG